AUGGCAUUGAAGCACUUGCAAUGGGUUCUGGCGAUUGUUUUGGUCUUGAUACUGCCACUCCUUGCUCUACUCGUAGUUCGCGGCCCUGUGGAUGGUACCGGUGACACAACGCCGGGCUUCUGGGGAGCAAAAACAGCAUCUGUGAAUUGGUGUGAGAGGGACUAUGUAGUAUCCUUCUACAUUGCCGAGUUUGCAAAUUCGGUGACCUCGCUGUGCCUGGUUGCCACCGGCAUCUAUGGCAUCCACGCGCAUGUGAAUUUGGUAGAGCUGCGCUACCUCCUAGCCUUCUUCUCCUUCGUGGUUAUUGGCCUGGGCAGCUUCGCGUUUCAUGGGACCCUUCUCCGAAGCAUGCAGCUGCUGGAUGAGGUCCCGAUGGUGUGGGCAAACACCGUAUUUAUCUACAUCUGUCGUUCAAUGAAGGAUGCACGAGGCAGCCGCAGGGUUGGUGAAGGUAUGGUGCUUGCAGUACUGACUGUGCUGGCCACUCUGGCAAUUGCUGUCUUUGACACCGACAAUCAAAACGUGUUUCUGCUGUGCUAUGGGAGCGGUGUCCUCUAUCUUGUGUGGCGUUCAUACAAGUUCUGUCGCGACUCCACGAGCAGCACGUCGUGGCUUCUCUUCAUCACUGCGAUGUUGUCUUACGCCGGUGGCUUCCUUCUCUGGCUCGCUGACCGCAACUUCUGCCACUCUGUACGCCAGUUGCAUUUGCACGUGUUUUGGCAUUUCGGCGCGGAUCUGGGAACCUUCGCGGCGGUCCUCCUGUGGAUAUGGGUGCGUUCCGAGGUCCUGGCCACAAAGGUGGUUUUGCGGGGGCGCAGCCCCAUGACUUGGCGGAUUGCUGCAGCUCCACAGGACUGA